CGAUCAAUGAUCAUAGUACACCUGCACGUACAUCUACUAUAUCAUAUGUUUGCAACUUAGGUGUGGACAGUUAAAAGAAUAGUAUGUACGCACUAAGAAAUCGUGCUGCACAACACGACAGUUUUUACAGGAUCAGACAUACCUCGAUGUAUUUUUCUAGAGAGCUAAAGCGUGGUGACCCUGUUUUCAAUAGUUGCACACAUCGGUCCAUGUCUACAACGAGAAGGAAAGACAGCCUGUACACUAUCAUGGGCGUCUCGCAUUCGGCAACACAAAAAGAAAUUAAGGAUAGAUAUCGCAAGCUGGUCGUGUCUCUACAUCCUGAUAAGAAUCUCGGUAAAUCGGAUACGACAGAACAGUUUGCCGCAAUCAAUUUGGCAUACGAGACAUUGGGUGAUGAAACAAAGCGUUUGAUAUACAAUAGGGAAUAUCGAAUCGGGACAGUUGCUCGCAAAUCGCAUCAUCCAGGCACGAGUCUAUUUAAGCCGACGCGAAUGGAGAGCGAGAAAGACCUGCAACGCGCCAGGGAUCUACACUUGCAGUUCCUGAAGAAGAAGGCGGAAAACGCGAAGUAUGUCGAGCAGCUGAAGGUACAGCGAGCGCAUGAUGUACAAGGGAGGUGGUGGCUGUUGUCACUUUUUGGGAUUUUGGGUAGUUGGUGGUUCUUCGUCACUGGUAGUCGAAGGAAAAAGCUAAACUUGGCAGCCUAAUAAUAUAAUCGAGAUAAUUAGUCAAAAGAUAGUAAAGGUAAAGGACUGGCAGGUUAACUCUUAUAUGCACCUCGCAGUUACAUAUUUACUAUUUGCAUGAUCCAUUAGAUCCAAAGCAGCAUUCGAUGGUCGAGAAGCGAAAAUUUUAGUCAAUAGAUAGUAAAGGUAAAGGACUG